GUGUGUGAAACAGACCCAGCAGCAGCAGCAGCAGCAGCAGCAGCAGCAGCGUUCGCCUUCAAAGAUGCAGCCUCGCAUCUACCUGCUCACCUACAUGGUGGCAGCUGCUGCAACCAUCCCUGUUGCUUUGACUUUCAACAUCGACACGACAAAGCCAGUUGUCUCCAAGGGCGAGCAAAAAGACUUCUUCGGGUACAAAGUGCUUCAGUUCGCGUCUGGCGGAGACAAAGGGAUAAUCGUCACUGCACCUCUGCGGCUGAAUGGUUCUGGGGGAAUAUUCAAACGCAACCAAGAACAAACCAAGUGGUUCAGCCCGAAUGAACAUUCUCUGCCAAACGACACAGUUGUGAAGCACUUUGGCUUGUCGAUGGCUGCCGACCCCACUGGCUCCCGGUUCACUGUUUGCAGUCCGAGUGUUGCCCAUGAAUGUUACGGGAACUCCUACCUGAACAGCAUCUGUUAUAACAUCACCCAUCAGUUCAAGCAAAUCUCCUCUUUCACGCCCGCCUUCAAAAAAUGCACAAAAAAGACAGUGGACCUCGUGUUUCUAUUUGAUGGAUCAAAGAGUAUGACCGAAACGGAGUUUGAGAUGAAUAAGGUUUUCAUAUUGGAUAUAAUGAAGAACCUUGAGGGCACGUCCAUCAAGUUUGCAGCAGUUCAGUUCUCCUCAGGGUUGAGGAAAGUUUUUGACUUCAAUGACUAUCAAGCUGGUCGUGCUGUUGCUAAACUUCAGAAAGACGGCCACAUGAAGAGUCUCACCAACACAUACAAAGCACUAAAUUUUGUGUUGAAUGAACUGAUUGACAACACCGCUGCAGGCGCCUCUCCUGAUGCAACUAAAGUUGUGGUGUUAAUCACAGACGGAGAUCCAAGUGACAUAGACGGAAACCACAUUAUCUCAAGAUAUGAUAAAAAAAACAUCAUUCGCUUUGUCAUUGGGGUCAAAUACGCUAACCUGGACAAAUUCAGGGCCAUCGCUUCUGAACCCAAAGACAAAAAUGCCUUCAAAAUUGAGGACUACAACGGACUAACGGGGGUACUGGAAACAUUUCAGAACAGCAUCUUCAACAUCGAAGGCACCAAAGUGGCUCGGGCAGAAGACAUGACUAACGAGAUGUCUCAGAGCGGUUUCAGUGUCGCCUUCUACGAGGAUACCUUAAUUCUGGGUUCUGUGGGAUCCAACAGCUGGCGUGGUUCUCUCCAACAAAUGCAAGAAAACAAGGAUGAACAGAUUAAAGAUCCGGAGAUGACGCAGGACUCCUACUUGGGCUACUCCAUUUCCGUUGGAAGGAGGAACGGUGUUCCUCUAUAUUUCUCGGGUGCACCAAGGUUUGAGCACACAGGUCGGGUCGUACUUUUCAUAAACCGAGGUGAGAACUGGACCACAGCCCAAAGAAUAGACGGCGACCAGAUUGGUUCCUACUUCGGUGCAGAGCUGUGCUCAGCGGAUGUUGACUCAGAUGGUAACACUGAUUUUUUGCUGGUGGGAGCUCCGCUGUUUUUCGAGCCACUCGAGAAGAAAGAAGGCCGCAUCUACAUCUACACACUGACUGACAAGAUGGAACUGGAAAGUAAAAUGACCGUGAUGGCUCCAUCCAUGGGCAGAUUUGGCACCAGCAUAUCAAUUCUUGCAGAUCUCAAUGGAGAUGGGCUCAGAGAUGUUGCUGUUGGAGCCCCCCUUGACGAUGAUAACAGAGGGGUUGUGUACUUGUACCUCGGAGACAGACACAACGGGAUACGCAAAGACUGCAGCCAGAGAAUCGAGGGAGCAAGAAUAGAUUCUGGGAUGAGAUUCUUUGGACUGGCCAUCGAUGGGGACAUCGACCUUGGAGAAGACAAACUCCCAGAUAUUGUGAUUGGGUCACAGGGCACUGCUGUUAUCUUAAGCUCCAGGCCUGUCUUUAAUGUCUCGGCUCGUCUGUCUUUUCAACCUAACGAGAUAAGCACUGACAAAUUUGACUGCCUCGGCUCAGAUGGAAGUUUACCUUUGGUUACAUUAACGGCCUGCUUUCAAAUGGUAGAAGCAACAAACAGCAAAGCAGCAAGCUCCAAACUGAACAUCUCGUACAUAAUCGCUGUGGAUCCCAGGAGACUAAUAUCUCGAGGUUUCUUAAAUGAAACUGAAAAGAAAGCCAGGAAUCGUAUGAGUACCUUUGAGCUUGAGAAUAAGGAACUUUGCUUCAACCACACCGUCUACAUGCCAAAAUGUGUGAAAGACACACUAUCGCCCCUCAGCAUCAAACUAGAAUUUUCCCAGCCGGAUGGGGAGAGCGCGGGUGCCGUCUUGAAUGUGGACAGCAAGAAUCAGUCGGAUGUCGAGAUUCCCUUUGAAAAGCACUGUAGAAAAAAUGACAUCUGUAUUGCCGAACUCGAGGUGGAUUUCAACUUCACGAGUCCGACGUUGGUGGUGGCAGAAGACAGUUACUUCCACCUGUUUUUGAAACUGUCCAAUAAUGGUGAUGACUCGUACGAGACCGGCUUUAUAAUUACCUACCCCCCAGGCCUCUCCUACUCCAUGACAGCUCUUGUAGAGGCAACGAGACCGACUCUGUACGACUGCAACGGUGUGGAAGGAGUGCUCGAUAAAGCUAAAUGUGGUGUCAGCCUUCCUGUGUAUCGCAGCAGAUCCUUUGCAACAUUUAACGUCUCUUUCCGCAUCAUGGAUGACUAUGACUGGAAUGACACGAUCUAUGUGACCGUUGAUGCAACAAGUGAUAAUUCAAACUCCACCAGUCCCGCUUCCAAGACCAAACCUGUCCAGGUGCAAUAUGAAAUCAAAACGGCACUAACAGUGAGCGAAGACACCAUCACCUAUCUGAACUUCACAGCAGAGGAUGCUGAGCCUAAAAAAAUCCUUACGAUAUACAGGAUCGAUAACAUCGGUUUCAAUGAUUUUCCUCUCACCGUGUCGCUGUUCUUCCCAACUGAACUGGAACACAACUUUACAAUGAACAACUACCAAGUCUUUGUGGGGAAGAACAAAACUCAGUGCGCGCCCUCUGCUGACCCAAAAUCUGAGCACUGCCCGCCUGAGAAUGCCUGCAAAGCUGUCGUGUGCGAUACUUUCAUUCUGGAGAAAAACUCACGUGCCGAGUUUCAAUUGUUAGGAGACGUACAGUUUAGAAACCUCAAACAGCAAGCAGAGAACCUCUCUUUUCUGAAAAAAUACACCGGCGAGAGUGGAGAGGUUAAAUUUACAAGCUUUAUACGUGUUGACUACAACAAGACACGAUAUGUGCUGGAUUCUAAGAAACAAGACAGUAAGGACAAGCCUCACAAAACCGGCUUGAACGAUCCAACGAUGACAAUGAGUAAAGUUCGGGUUGAGUUCACAAUCCACCCCAAUCAAAUGUGGAUCAUUUCGACUGGAGUCGUGCUGGGAUUAUUGCUUCUGAUCAUCAUCACAGUCAUCAUGUUUAAGUUGGGUUGCUUUAAGAGGAAGACGCAGGAGUACUAUCAAGAACUGGAUCAAGAAGCUGCCUCAACGGCUGGCGUCGCCACCAACGGGUCGACCAGCAAACCAGAGUCUGACGACAAAUUGCCCCAAUCUCCCGAAGAAAAAAAACUGCUUGAAGCCGGUGAAGAGGAGGAAGACGCUGCUACCAAGUCUCCUGCUGCCCCCACCGACGAGAUGACCAAGAAACCAGAGCCUCAUGACGAAUCGAUAGAAUGCCUAUAAGAAAUUAGCGUGAUCUCAGGAGACCUUGUGCAUCGAUCCAUAACAGCUGAGUGUCACUCACACACAACAGCCUGAGAUGUUUGCAGGGAUUCAGACGAACUUUGUUUGAUGCGCCAAACUUUUUCAUUCAAAUUUUUCUCUGUGUCGUCUGGCGCUGCGAUACCAAGCGAAGGCCUCUGGAGGUGGUUGGUUAUGAAGAAGAUGCCGCGACACGCCGAUUUCUUGGCAAUGCAGCAACCAGUGAUGGAGAAAAAGCACAAAAGUAGCUGCAGGUUCCAGAUCCUCUCCUACAGACGAAGGAAGGCUAAGAAUAUGGAUUACCUUCUUGAAAUGAAGCGAUUCUGCUGAUUAAUGCUGAGAUUACCAACAUGUAAUAAUACCUACAACGUGCAUCAAGGACAUUAACCCUCUGAACUCUGCAAACCCUCCAACGGGUUCAAAAAGGCGUUUUAUUUUUUAAAAAUCUGCUGAAUUGCACCAUUUAUCAGAGCCAGACAGUGUAAAAACAGAUGGAAUCAUCAGAUUUCUUUUGUUUUUUUUUACUUUCCAACGCUCCUUAAACUAAUCAUGUGAGACUUGUGGUUUCAAGGAUUAAAACAUCCAAAGAAAAUUGGGAUAUUUAAGCCAAAUUAUUUUAGCCUACCUGUAUUAUUUUAGAAAAAUGGCUCCCGAAUAAACAGUUUGCAGGUGAGACAUAUUGUAAAAAAUCAAAAAUUCAAAGUUUCUUAAUGCGUCUUGGAGCCAUUAGAGACUCAGCUGUGACCAACAGUCGUGCAGCAAAAAAUAUCUUCGGCUGAACUGCAGGCAGUGUGGAAACAAAUUAGACAUGCAAGUAGUAAAAUAUUCAUUGCAUGUAGAGGCCGCCAUUUUUCCAAUUCUGGUAACACCAGUAAGUCAGAUUAUGAUGCUACAAAACGAACCAGGUAAACUCGAACAAGUCAAAAGGUGAAUGCAUGUUGUUUACACUGUAACAGAUUGUAACAUAACCAAUCGUUUGUAGGUUUGCACAGGCGCUGCUGGUUUCUGCUCAGGUAUUUAUUGAGUGAACGGAAGUUUGACUUGUAUCAUAUCUGCUUGUUAAAUGUACAACUUUUAUUUCUAAUUGUCUCAGCGAAUGCAGCCGUGUACAUUUAAAUGAAUCGUUUAUCAGCAGCGGUUGGGUUUCUAAUUUAUCGCCAGCAGACAAAACUAAAAAAGGUCUUAAAGGUCGGAUUGACGGAGAACCUUACAGCGUACCGUUCCCCCGUAAGUCAAGCAACAAGAGCUUUUCUAAGGACUUGAAUCUGGGAUUACUUUGUAGAAAUUCACAAUCAGCUAGUGUCAAAAAUAUUCUGAGAGUUGUAGAUAGUAAAAGUGUAAGACAGCAUUUCAUACCAGGAAGAAACUGAGCUGAGGAAAGUUGUUUAUUGUUCUGAUUCUGUACUGUGUAUUUUUCUUUUCUAUAAUGAAUUAUUUUACUCUUAGGUGUGAUUAGUUUUGUUAUGAAUGCUUGACUUUAGCAUCGAGGUAUGACAGCAUUUAAUGUUCAUCACGUCAACAAAAUUACUGACACAGCAUUUUCAGCGGCGAUACUGAUUACUGGUCAACCGAUACAUAGCCAACAUCUGGAACUGAUAUAAACCAUGAAAAUGAAAUGACUUCAAAAAUAAAAUCUUGCCGCCAAAAUCUGAGGACAACAUAAGACUUUGUUGAAUAUUUGUGCUGUGCAUGUUCAUUUAAAAUAGAACUUUCCACUGUUUAUUUUCCAGUGUUGACAGCAGGUUGUCACUCAAACAGACGGUGAAGGAAAGUGGGGACUACAGAUGGAUAAAUAAAUUAAAAUUCUAUUAUUUUAUUGGGAAUAUAUCAAAACAAAACAAAACAAAAAGAAGAAAAUGAAAUUUGGAAAAAUGCGGAAUAUUAAAUGCAUAUAUUGGUUGAUCUUGAAAAAUAAAUAAAGACAAUUAAAGGUAAUUUUCUAUUUUCACUGACAACCUGUCCAGAGGAUUAUUGGAUGCAGCACUGUCCAGUAGCGCCACCUGCAGGUAUACAUGCUCACUUACCCAGUAAAACAUGUCAACAUCUGUUUCAUGGGUUGGUACCAGUAUAAUAAUAAUAAAUAUGUAAUAAUGUUGUUUCA